CGUGACUGUCACGACCCUUGCACAGCACGAGUGAAAGUUGUCGCUGCUCUAUCGUUACAACGAACGGAACCUGUAUGGCCAGUUUGUUUCGGAAUCGAGGGGACCUAACAGGAAAAGUGCACCGUGAUUUUGUUUUUGCUUUGGUGCUGCAAGAUUGCCACGGUCUAAGCGGAAAUAUAAUUAAACUCUUUCCCAUGCGGUUCGCACAGUGUGACACAAGCUAAUACGAGGCGCAAAGCGCAACGACUGCCCGCUUGUCAUGUCGUCUCAGGAUGAGAACUCCGAUUCUCUGCUCGAAUACAUGCCAUCGUUUCCACCGGGACCCUUGGACAGCUACAGGAAACUGGCCUCCUUUGACUGGCGAAAGUUGAAAGUGGCUCUAGAGGGCGAAGACAUUAUACGUUUCAAGGCCAAGGUAUUCAAGACUCUGGAGAAUGACCCUCUCUUUGCACGCCAACCUUUCGAUGACAUCACCUUGGAAGAGCACCGUCACUUGUGCUUCCAGCGGAUGAAGCGCAUCUUCGAGUACCAGUUCUACUCACAGGAGGAGUUCUUCCAGAAUCCGUACCUCUCAUCUGCAUGCAACAACUGCAUCGGGGCCUACGACUGGUCACUCUCCAUAAAGAAAGUUCUCUGUUUUGAUAUGUUCAUUGGAGCUGUAAGGGGACUGGGCACAAAGAGGCAUAUGAGGAUGUUUCAUGAAAUACUCAAGUUUGAGGCAGCUGGAUGUUUUGCACUGACUGAACUCAGCCAUGGAACGAAUACAAGAGCCAUGCGUACAGAGGCAUUAUAUGACCCAAACACACAGGAGUUCAUCCUCAACACUCCCGACAUCGAAGCCAUCAAGGUCUGGUCGGGAAACAUGGGCCAGACGGCUACGGAUGCCAUAGUGUUUGCUCAACUGCUAACCGCUGAUCGGAAGAACCGGGGCCUGCAUGCUUUCAUUGUUCCCAUCAGGAACCGCAAGACUCUGCUUCCGUUCCCGGGUGUCCUUGUGGGUGACAUGGGUCCCAAGCUGGGCCUCAAUGGCAUCGACAAUGGGUUUCUAUCCUUUCAUGACUACCGCAUACCUCGAGAGAACCUACUGAAUAGGACUGCAGACGUGACACCUGAAGGGGAAUAUGUCACACCACUGAAGGAUCCAAAAAAGAGGUUUGGAAUGACCCUGGGCUCCCUGUCUAUGGGACGUGUGGCCAUCGUGGGCAUCUGCACCACCAACCUCAUCAAGAGUGUUGUCAUCUCCACCCGGUAUUCAGCUGUGCGUCGCCAGUUCGGUCCAGAGAACCAGGAGGAGUGGCCAGUCAUUGAGUACCAGCUGCAGCAAUGGAGGCUAAUCCCAUUCCUCGCAGCUGCGCAUGUGUUCAACUACUACUCGGCUGCAUUGUACCGAGAGUUUGUCAGCUUCCACAUUGCAGUCCUUUUUGGCGAGAAGUCUCCUGAAGUGUCAGAACAAGGUGUGGAGCUGCACAUCUUGUCAUGCGCUGCCAAGUGCAAAGCAGGCUGGCUGGCCAGGGACGCGAUACAGGAGAGCCGGGAAGCCUGCGGUGGCCAUGGCUAUCUCAAAGUGUCGGGUCUUGGCGAGCUGCGCAAUGACAACGAUGCCAACUGCACCUACGAGGGGGACAACAACGUGCUUCUGCAGCAAACAAGCAAUGUGCUGCUGUCGUUGGUGCAAGGGCGCAAGACGGGUCAGCCCCUACCAGCCUCCAUGGCAACCAUUCAAUUCCUCAAUGACAUGGAGACUAUUCUGCAGGGCACCCUGGCAGCGACCACUGUUCGUGAGAUGACCGACAUUAAUGUGAUCUUGGCGGCGUAUAAGUGGCUGGUCUGCUACCUGCUGAGGGUAAGCGACGAGAAGUACACGACGCUGGUGUCUCAAGGAGAGGACCAGUUUUCAGCCAAGAACAACACACAAGCCUUCUGCCUCCGCGAACUGGCCCUGGCUUACAUUGAGCACACCAUCGUGGAAAAGUUCCAGAAUUUCAUUGCUGACCUGAAGGACCCUCAACUGUGUGCCGUGCUGCAGCGAAUUAACUCCCUUUUUGCGCUUUGGAGCCUGGAAAAGCGCAUAGGGGACCUCUAUGGUGGUGGAUAUUGCGCAGGCGAAGCUGCCAAGAAUUUGAUGAGAGAAGGCAUCUUGCAGCUGUGCCGUGAGCUGAAGGACGAUGCUGUCACGCUGGCAGACGUCAUUGCCCCGCCCGAUGUCGCCCUCAAUUCUGUUCUUGGCUGCUCGGACGGACAGGUGUACAAGAAGCUGUUCCAGUCGUUCGUUCUUUCUCCGGGAGGCACGCAGCGGGCACCUUGGUGGAAGGAGUUCCUUGACAAACCUGUCAUGGGCUCCCUCAUGGCAAAGCUCUGAGGUGACAUGUUGCCAGGGGUGCAACAUUCUACGAUAUGACGUCUGUGAAUGCACUCAUAUGCCAGGUCAGCGUUACCAGAUUGUGCUCCCAUGGGCACUCUGCACGUUUGGUGAACAAAGAAACAACGCCACUGAAUGGCAGGUUUUACACAGUACCAGUUGGCCUGGUAGGCACCAGGGUAAGAGCUAGUGAGUCUUGGCAGAUGGGUGCCUUACACCAUUCAUUUUAAGCUAGAAUUUUUGUUUUAUUCACCAGCUCUUAGUUCACUUUCAGAGAAUGGUAUGGCAAUAGGCUGUUUCUUUAAUUUUAAUACAGUAUUCAGAGAUGUAACAAGCAUCCACCGCAUCGGCACAGCAACUGUAGUAUUCUGCUGCCAAGCAUGGUGUCGAGUGUUCUACUCCUGGGUGCCAUGACCACAUUUGGAUUAGAGUCGUAGGCAAAAACAUUUGUGGCAUUGAUAUCUGAGUAUACAGCAUAGGCCGCUUAUAACUUAAGCACCCGGAGUCGCAAAUUUCUGCGCUAUAAGCAGUACCGCACUAUAACCAAAACAAUGUUUUUCAAAAGCUGUGCACGUGCAAAACAUGUAGACCAAGCAGCUGUGUGUGUCCGGGAAUCGAUGCAUACAACGAGGCAUUAUGCCCCCACUUUCGUUGUUGAAGUGGUUCCACCACUUUCCAAGUGCAUUAUUAACCUUACAGCCACUGUGAAGCAUCUCGUUGAUUCUGUACCAAACCGUGACUUUGGCUGCUGACUUCCGACGCGACGCCGCUGGUUAGACCUAGGUGGCGGUGCUGUUGGGCAGCAUUCCAUCGCGGGAAGCUCGCCCUUGUGUAUGUUCUUGUCCACAGACAAAUACACGGAGGUCUGCUGCAAGAUGAUGCGCACAGUCUGCACAGAUGGCAGCUGCAGUCUGAUGGCAGCUGUUGCGAGGCAGGGUUCGUGGGCAAUCAGCCAGUAACUACCGCAAGCGCUUGUAGCUUAAGCUUGUAUCUGCGCACACUGGUAAGAAUGGUGAAAGCUUGCAGGUGGUCAACAUUUUGAACUGGUGAAUUUUCAGAACACAGUUUAAUCUGUCAGCGUCGCGGAGUCACGGUCACACACGCGAUACUUAAACUUCGAGACAAUGCGCAUCGCGAAUGCAAAAUGCACUAACGGUCUUGAUCAAUCUUUCUGCGGUGCUGGAUUUGUAAAAAACAGCGAAUCGAUUUUGCUGUCGAAAUUCGUUUUUCUGGCAUGCCCAAUAAUUCAGACGUUUUUGGGACCCCAUAUCUGUCUCGAAAAAAAUCAGUUUUUGAUUGUGUUUACUUUCCGCACACCAAGUGCAGAGCCAUAGAGUGACAUUGUGCAUGCGUUCAUUGCGGACUGUGGUGCUCACUUUGGUGCAUACACUUUGUGACAGUCUUAGAAAUUCACUGUUUGUAAGAGUCAUUGCAAAGACCUUGUGCUUUGCUUUACUUAGCCUCUUACGAGCACCUACGAGCACUUGUGCUCGUAGGUAAAUUGUAUGAAUUUGAAAAAAGUAAACAGCCCAUCCAUGCAUCUUGCUUUGUUGGGAACCACUGAUAAAGUUGGACUUGCUGGUGGGCUAAGUAGUUAUAGUCGUUUAACCAGAUGACAGCAACUGUCCUACUAGGGGCAUUAUUAGGUUUUCACUGAUUUUUUUUCGUUAUGGUGGUGGUUGCUUGGGAAAAAUGUCUGGCAAUAGCUGUUGUGUUGACUGUUUCAGGGAAGAAAUCAAUGGAAAAUGGUCAUAUUACACUGCAGUACAUUGGAGAUUUGUUUGCGGCAAGUUUGGUGCGCAAUGUAUACAGUCGAACCCAUUUAUAACAAACUCGAUAGUGGUUGUUAUAUCAGCAAUUUGUUAUAUGUCGACUUGCCCACAAAAACUCUCAAAAAUUAAUCCCAGCGAAGCUGGCCCUGCAAUUCAGCAGCAUUUGGGUCCGAAAACCAUAUUUUCAGUGUUAUUUUUGUUCCCGGUGUGUUUCUGCACCUAGCUGCAAAUUUCCAUUCGGAAUGUCCACUAAAGAAUGAAAUGCAGCGUCGUAUACAGUAAAAGCUCGUUAAUUCAAAUUCCACAGGGAUGCUACAAGACUUUUAAUUAUUCAAAAUUUUAACUAAUGAAAGUCAGAGAAAAAAAUAGCUCGGUUAAGGCGCGUGUAUAGUCUGUGUGGUGUGAGCAAGUGCGCACACACACUACGUCACAUUGGCGUGAAGAACAUCUAUACUUCAAAGCACUGGCACAGUCAACGUAACUGGAUGCGACCAGCGCGGCCCAAUGUACUCGACGUCGAGAUGGCUAUUGCUCCAUCUGCGCGUUCCGUCGCGCUGACUAGCACAGAGAAAAAAGGUAUCGCAGUUUUGCCCGAAAAGCGAAGCAUCGAUUGCAAUAGCAAAAUAGUAGAUAGCUAUACAACGUAAGGAUGGUAGUUUUAUCGGCCGUAUAAACUUGUGAACAUUCGCUUACUAUAUAAAUUAACAAGCACGGUGUCACGCGUGCACAGGUAAGCAUACGACAGUGACAGCACUAGUCACAUCGUGUUCAGGAAAACGUGUUCCUUCGUAAGACAUUUGGCUAGUGCUGUCACUGUCAUAUGUGUGCAUCCUAGAAUGUAUCUCGAGAGUGGGAGAAGGGGCUAUGCUUUUGAACCACAUGCUCAAAGAAAAUUUUGUUAUGGCCCCAGCAAUUUGCUUACAGGGACGUUGGACUGAAGGCAACAUUCUUGCACGAACAAAUUUUACCAUGCCGCUAAAUGUGAAACAGCCUUAACACUUAGAUGAUAUGUCUCAGAUGAAAUGUGUAUCUCCCGAGUGAUGCAGUGGCGUAUUCUUUUCACACCACAUCGUAAGCAAGCUGUUAUCAUGGCCGAAAUAAGUAGCGCAGCAUAGUAUAUCUUGUCUGCUUAUCUACUCUGAGCGCAUUGUGGCCAGUACUACACUGCAGCCCUCGCACUGUAUAAAAUGGAUAUGCAGACUAGGCAACACCACACUGAAAACACGUUUAAAACAUGUUGAAAACAUUGUGAAAACAUGUUUCAUGGGAUCAUCUCUUUAGGCAACACAAUCGUCCUUUUACCGCCAUACUUGUGCUGCUGUCUCUCUGUGGGUAUAUACUAUUUUAGAUUGGGACAAUCUGCUCUGUGUCUUACCUUUCACUCAAAUGUCUGUGAUGUUCCUUAUUUCUAAACUGAAGUGAAUGUGUUACAGUGUACCAAUUUUAUACAACUCUUGUCAAACUUAUUGUGUAUACAGUGUUUUACAUAUUGGUGGUAAUGACUUCUGCUGUCUGUUCCAAGAAGAAUUUGAGUAGAGGUACUGAGGAUUUGUAAAUGGCUCGACUGUCUGGUGAUAUUAUUAGACAACGAGCAAGAAAAAUGAAAAUAAUUUAUAAUUAGGUUAUAUAUAAUUGGUACAUAUAUUACACAUAUACUAGACAUACAAAACCAGAGGUGCCGUUUGGAGUAUGUCAUUAGGCCACGGAGCAAGAAACAUUUAGGAGUGGGAACUCCGCUGUUUGUGGCGACCAGAAAAGGUCACAAGCCCGCGGAGCCACUGUCAUGCUGGCGGCGCCUGGUGGCCGUUUCGGUUUCCAGGGCAAUCGGUCGAGUGUGUUGCUCCCGUGCGGCCGCGCGCACCUGACUUCUCUUGAGGGCACGGAGGAAGUGGCCGGAGAGCACGCUGGAGCCGCCACCUACCUGGGCACUGCAUGUUUUUUUUUCUUUUCUUUUCACUGUGGCAUCUACGAAGUGCCGGAUGGCGCCGCCACUGCAUACGGCCUCGUCGGCGUAUGCAACAAUUGUGACCUAAUCUGGUCGCCCACGCUCACUUGCGCUGACGGGAGUUUCACCUCCUGAAUGUCUUCCUCCGUGAAUUAGGCCAAGUUUCCAUUUACAACUGCUCUAUCACUGUUUCAAGACCUCUCAAGUUAUUGUUGCACAUGAUGUUUGUGUGUGAACUGUUAAAGGCCUUGAGAAACAAUAAAUGAUGACUGGGAAAACUG